AUGGACACUGCUGGGGCUACCACCACUCUCUUCAACGACCCGACUUACUCCGACUGCAUUGUGAUGCCCGAGGACGGCGGGCGCUGGCACUGCCACAAGCGCAUUCUGUUCGCGGCGUCAAAGCUCUUUCACGAUGAGUGGAGCGCCAGUGAAAUGUGUGAAGGAAAAGAUGAGAUCUGUAUGGAUAGUUGCUUUUCAAUGCGUUCGGUCGAGGUGGUGCUGCGCUUCAUUUAUGGAAGCUGCGAGGCAGAUCUGUUCGAAGAAGAACAGAAGCCCGAUUGGUACAUCGCUAUUUGCAUCACGGCAUGGUAUGCCGAAUUGCCAGAGCUCUUGGAGAUGGCGAUCAGGGGAUUGCGUCAGGCACUGAAUGUGGAGAAGAGCGCAAGGACUCUAGUCUGCCGCAUCCGGUGGAUGCGGAGAGAGGUUCCCGAGAUGAUCGCGCUCGCAGAUGAAGUCGAGUCCGAACGCAUGCCCUGGAUGCUCGGAGAUGAUGAAGCGCGAGCGAUCAUGCGCGGGGACACUAUCAGAGCGUACUUCGAUCGGGUCUUGAUCAUGAAGAAGGAGGAUGGGGCCGUCAAGGUGCCUCUACGCUGA